CAACCGUGAUGUAAGCGGAGAGGGGCAACUGCGCCCCAUUUCUCUAUCUCUCCCCCCUCACUUUCCCUUUCUCUCUCUCUCUUCCCCUCGAAAACAGACAGCCCUGAACACAGGAAAGCUGGGUGUGGAAGAUAUGGAAGUCAUUCCCAUUUUUCCCGGAAUAUAAGGAAUUUUUUCUCAUUUGUGGUUGUUUGUUUUUUAUGUCAGUGCAUGCAGGACAGGAACGUCUUGGGCAAAAAUAUGAUAUCUGGCAUAAAAUUCAUUUAGUGCCAGAGGCUGUGGCUGUUGGUGUAUGGCUGAUCUCACAUGAAGUCCCCAUAGACAGCGCUUUUGUGAACUUAAUUGGUUUUGGAUUUUUUUUGAGAAGGAUAAAACUGUAAGGUCCAGUCACCUCUAAUGAGGUCUGCCUUUACACGCAACUCAGAGACGCCAGAAGCAGCGGCAUGGAGAAGCGACGGUGCCAGCAUCGUCGACAGCCCGAUGCCCAGGGCCAAGAGGCCUCAGCAGGGUCCCAGUCCUCCAUACCUCAGUCUCCUCUACUGUCUGGAGCCUCAUCUCUCAUCUCUCUCGCCCAGACGGAGGAGUUCUUUGACCUGAUAGCCAGUUCGCAAAGCCGCAGACUGGACGACCAGAGAGCCAGUAUAGGGGACCGUCUGGGCAUCAGGAUAGCACAAAAUAACGUGGGGCACUUUUGUGAGGCAUGCAACGCACAAGAACCUAGUGAUGAGUUUUUCAACAUGCUCAUAAAAUACCAGUCCUGCAGAAUCAACGAUCAGAGAUGCUCACUGCCACCAGCACCAGACCCAAAUGAGGACUUCUUCAGCCUAAUCCAGAAAGUUCAAUCCAAACGGAUGGAUGAACAACGGGUUUCUUUCUACCCUGACGAAAAGGACGAAACAGACUUGAAUCACGAGUCCAAAACCUCUAAAGAAUCAAGCUAGAGACACGCUUCAUGUCACGGGCCACAAAACGUUUCUCUAAACCCAUAACAGGACUCUCUGGCUGCGCAUUUUGGAGUACCUCCAGGGGUUAAGGGGGAGUAAUAUAGGACAGUAGUAGAAAUAUUACAUGGUGAUCGUAAAGGUGAUGUUUAUGUUCCAAACAUUGUUAAUGUUUGUGUGCGGAUUUCAACGUAAAACAACACCAUGGAAAUCGAUUAGCAUACUGAUGCGUUGAUGGGUAUUAAUAGAACUAACAGCUCUCACAGAAAAACAGUAUAGACAAACAACUGUUGAGCGUAACUCGCGAGCAGGUGCGUGUUCGAUUAGAUGGAGUGGAAAGUAUGUCAGCACACAUUGAAUAUGAAUUGACUGAUUCGCAGCAGAUGGGUGAAACUGCAUUUGGCAUGACAUUGGAUUUCCAUGGCAGGGAUCAGUUGGUGGUCUUAUUUUGCCGUAAUAAGUAACAUGACGACUAAAUACUAGUUACAGUAGUAUUUAGAUAAGAGAUACUUAUCAAAGAUGAGUAUGAAUUGUACAUGUUGUCUGUCUGUAAAAAGUGCAUAGACUCCAUUGACAGAGCACUGUUUAACAUGACUUUGUCGUAUUGGAAUAAACGUGAUGUUUUA